UCUGACGUCAGAGGAGGUUUCUACAUUUUCAGUGAUGUGAAUACCCAGAACCUCCAAAGUGUGAGUCACAGCUAGGCCAAACCCACCACGGGAGGUUUGAAUUAGGAGAGAGAAAAAACGAGCUGACAGUUCACUGUCCUGUUCACGGUGUUUGAACCCAGUGUGUGUGAUAGAUAAAGCUCAGAGAGCAGACGCCUCCGUCAGAUCACUGCGUUCACUCUGACUCACAGUCCGGCAUCACCUGGAGGACUGGUCCAGACAUGAGGCUCUGCGUGUGGACUGGAGCCCGGCGUGUCCUGCCCGUCCUGCUUCUUCUGGCUGUCAUCCGUGUGCAAGCACAGCAGCCCAAGGAGAGACACUACUACAUCGCUGCUGUGGAGAUCGACUGGACGUACUCGGACGGUGAAAACGGCUUUGGUUCCACCUAUAAGAAGGUGGUCUUUCGAGAGUAUGAGAAAGGCUUCAAGCAGGCGAAGACGCAUCCCUCCUGGCUGGGUUUACUGGGACCCACUCUGAGAGCCCAGGAGGGGGAGACCCUUGUUGUCACCUUCCGGAACAUGGCGAGCGGCGCACACAGCCUCCACCCACACGGAGUGACCUACGGGAAACAGUCAGAGGGCGCCCAGUACUUCGACAACACGUCACAGAAGGAGAAGGAGGACGACGUGGUGCAGCCCAACACGGAACACGUGUACUCCUGGGAGGUGACGUCACAGGUGGCUCCGCAGCCCGACGACCCCGCCUGCCUCACCUACACCUACAUCUCCCAUGAAAACGUUGUUGAGGACUACAACUCGGGCCUCGUCGGCGCUCUGCUCAUCUGCAAAGCUGGAAGUCUGGAUGCGUCAGGGCAGCAGGUCGGCGUCCACCACGAGUACGUCUUCCUCUUUGGGGUUUUCAAUGAGAAGGAGAGCAAACACAAAGCAAACGGUGCAGCUGCAGACAAGCAUGUGAAAUACACCAUCAAUGGCUUCACCAAGGGUUCGCUGCCAGACGUACGCAUGUGCGCUAACGCCUGGGUCAGCCUCCACCUACUGGCCAUGAGCUCGGAGCCGGAUGUGUUCUCGGUGCACGUGAACGGGCAGGUGCUGCAGCAGAGCGGCCACAAAGUGUCGUCCGUGGGGCUGGUCAGUGGCUCCUGUGCCACCGCCAGCAUGAAGGCGCUGUACGCGGGCCGCUGGAUGCUGUCCUCACACACCAGCAGGCACCUGGAAGCUGGCAUGCACGGCUUCGUGGACGUGAAGCAGUGCGACGGCUUCGAAGCCUCGCAGCGAGAGAUGACGUCGGAGCAAAAGAAACACAGCAAGGUGUGGAAGUACUACAUCGCUGCCGAGGAAGUGAUCUGGGACUAUGCUCCGCAAAUCCACGGACACGUUGACGAGGACUUCAAGCAGCAGUAUCUGAAACAAUCUGCAACGCGGAUCGGAUCCAAGUACAAGAAGGCCCUGUACGUUUGCUACACGAACGAGUCCUUCACUGAGCGCUGUACAGACGAGGACAAGCAAAGGAAAAGCCCGCUGGGGAUAGUGGGUCCGGUGAUCCGAGCACAAGUCCGAGAUGCAGUUGUGAUUGUUUUCAAGAACAAGGCCUCCAGGCCGUAUAGCAUCUAUCCACACGGCCUGACCAUAGAGAAGUCAGAGGAGGGCGUCAACCACCCACAAGCAGGCAACCAGACUCAGGGUGUUGAUCCGGGCCAGGUGCGCACGUAUGUGUGGAGAGUUGUGGAGGAGGACGAGCCGCUGGACCAAGACGCCCGGUGCCAGACACGCAUGUACCACAGCGCGGUGGACACGCCCCGCGACAUCGCCUCUGGGCUCAUCGGGCCCAUGCUCAUCUGCAGGAGCGAGUCCCUCAACGUCAGGAACGUGCAGCUGAAGGCGGACAAGGAGCAGCACGCCAUGUUCGCCGUGUUCGAUGAAAACAGGAGCUGGUACCUGGACUCUAACAUUCGCCAGUACAGCGACGAGUCCAAGGUGAACAAGGCCGACCCGGACUUUUACAAGUCCAACGUCAUGCACACCAUUAACGGCUACGCCUUCGAGAGCGGGCCGCUCCUGGGCUUCUGCAACGGCGAGGUGGCGACGUGGCACGUGUCCAGCGUCGGAGCGCAGGACUACAUCCAGACCGCCACCUUCUACGGACACCCGUUCACGCUGAACGAGCGGAUGGAGGACGUCCUCAGCCUCUACCCCAUGACAGGAGAGACCAUCACCAUGAACAUGGACAACCCCGGUGUCUGGCUCCUGGCUUCCCUCAAUUCCCUCGGGACGACCAAAGGAAUGCGAGUGAAGUUUCAGGAUGUCGAGUGCUUCCGCGACUCCUUCUAUGACUACACAGAAGAAGACGACCACGACCAAGCGUCCCAGAAGGAGUACUCCACGUGGAACCCUGAGAGCUUGGACGACAUUAAAAAAAAAGAGGAGCAGCUGAAAGCUGUAAAAGGGAAGCUGGCGGAGCCAGAUGAGUACACAGACAUGUUUGCAGCCGAACUGGGCCUCAGGUCGCUCAGGAACCAGUCUACAGUGUCAGAUGCAGACAAACUGGACCUCACUUUCCUGGACUAUGAUUCCAAAAAAAGUAAAAACAGACUCAGGGAGCGAAACGGGAACGCUGCUAAAACGUCUGCUGCAAAUGUGAACAUGCGGAACAAGGCGUUACUUACAAACUGGAUAGAGGUGGAGAAGGUGACGGAGGCUCCUGGAGUCAACCUGACAGGGGAUGAUCUGUUGAGCAAAAACAUCAUAGCUCCUGCACUAAGUUUUAAUAAUUAUUCUGAUUAUGAAAGAGGAAACGAGACAUUAUUUAGCAACCGGACAGAAGCUGAAGCUACAAACCUGAACCAAAGCUUCAGUAAGAGCCUGGUCAGCAGCUCCUCUCUGCAUCCGGCAAACAACUUUGUGCUCGAACGAGCUGGAGUUUCUGACGACUCGCUCCUCGAUAACGUCGGAACGAACACCACGAAGGGUAACGGAACCACGGCGACAGGCAACCUCACAAAACAAUCAACAGCAGCAAAAGCACCUGGAAAUGUGACUUGGACCUCAGAUGUCGAAGGAUCGAAUGGAAGCGUGAGCGGUGAUGACCUGGAAACUGUGACCAGAGGAGACGUGUUCUCAGUUGUCAGUCUGUCCCAGAAACAAGACGGCAACAAGACACAGGCCGACUAUGAUGAUACGUCUUCUGAUGCAGCACACCCAGGCUUGGAUUCUGCAGAGCUGAACCUCAGCAGCAACAACACGCACAACUUCACAGCCUUUGAUGUGGAGACGACAGACAACAGAACCAGAGAUAAAGAGCUGGAGAACAGAGCAGAAGCCGGUUCCUCCGAGGCCUCGCCUGCUGCAGCUCAGUCCUCACACUGUCUGACUGAGCUGAGCCCAGAGAGCAGGGAGGACGGGACACAGCAGCGUAAUGACAACCACACGGAGUCUGUAGGAAGGACUCAACUCAACCACAACCACACAAAGUCUGUAGAAAGGACUCAAUUUAACCCCACAGAGUGUGUGGGAAGGACUCAACUCAACCACACACAGUCUGUAGGAAGGACUCAACUCAACCACAACCACACAGAGUCUGUAGAAGGAACUCAACUCAACCACAACCACACACAGUCUGUAGGAAGGACUCAAUUUAACCACACAGAGUGUGUAGAAGGACCUCAACUCAACCAGAACCUCACACAGUCUUUAAAAGGAACUCAACUCAACCAGAACCACACACAGUCUGUACAAACGGUCCCCAACGACAACACCACCACGGUGGACGCGUCCGUCUCCAGCUCCGCAGACCAUGUGACUUCCUCAGACAGCAGCGAAGAAGUGAUCAUCUACCUCAAAGAAACCAACACAGAUGGCAUCAAAAGCACGGUGGUGAAAACGCAGAGCCACAACUGGACCUAUGACGAAAGCCAGCCAGCGGAGCCCGUGGACAUCCCCGACCACAUGAGGAAAUACUUUGAGGACAAGAGUCCACAGAAACCACCGCCACCAAGGAACAAGAGGGUGUUUGUCCGACACAGGCCUGAGAAGGGUCAAGGCCUGAAGACGAAGAAGAGGAAGGACUACAAGCCUCAGGCCAGGAGCCUUUUACCGUUUUCCCCUCGAGGAUUCAACCCUGGCCUGAGCCCGCGAGGGGCCCGGCCCAGUGCGCCCCGGCCCGUGUCUGACGAGGAGGAGCUGAUCAACACGCCGGUGGUGAUCGGCGUGCCUCGCUUUGGCUUCAGUGACUACGACCUGUAUGUUCCUGGAAGCAAGCCGGAUCCUACAGACCUGGAGGAAUAUGAAUAUGUGAGCUACAAGGACCCCUACGGUGGCCAUGAAGACAUGAAGAAGCUCAGCCUGGAUGAGACCGCCAAGUACUACUUAAAAUACCCCGGCCUCAACGUGAAGACGUAUUUCAUCGCAGCAGAGGAGGUGGAGUGGGACUACGCUGGCUACGGACAGAGGAGGCAGGAGAAGUCGCACCAGACGAGCAGAGAGACCACCAUCUUCACCAAGGUGGUGUUCCGAGGUUACGUGGACAGUAGCUUCAGCACACCUGAGAUCCGUGGAGAGGUGGAGGAGCACCUGGGCAUCCUGGGGCCCGUCAUCCGGGCCGAGGUCGGCCAGAGCAUCGUUGUGGUGUUCAGGAACAACGCCAAGCGUCCGUUCUCCUUGCAUCCAAAUGGUGUUACAUACACCAAGCAGACCGAGGGUCUGUCCUACGAGGACGGCUCUACCUACUGGUUUCAAUACGACAAUGAGGUUCAGCCCAAUAGCACCUUCACGUAUUUAUGGAAAGCCAGCCUGUCUGCCGGACCAACACGAGAUGAGUCCAACUGUCGGACCUGGGCCUACUAUUCAGGAGUCAACCCUGAACGGGACAUCCACUCGGGCCUGAUCGGGCCUCUGCUGGUGUGUCGAAAGGGAACCCUGGACCGGAGCCUAACGGACACCAGGGAGUUUGUGCUGCUCUUCAUGACCUUCGAUGAGUCGCAGAGCUGGUACUACGAAAAGAACCAGGAGAUGAUACAGAGGAAGACGCGAAGGAGAAACAUGGAUCCCAGCUUUGACCGGAGCCUCAAGUUUCAUUCCAUAAAUGGCAUCAUAUUCAACCUGAAGGGCCUGAGGAUGUACACCGAGCAGCAGGUGUCCUGGCACCUGCUCAACAUGGGCUCACCCACAGACCUUCAGAGCAUCCACUUCCACGGACAAACCUUCGUCCACAAGACCAGGUCCAGCUCCAGGCAGGCUGUGCACCCGCUGCUGCCUGGGAGCUUCAGCACGCUGGAGAUGCAUCCGUCCAAGCCUGGCCUGUGGCAGCUGGAGACGGAGGUGGGCUCCAACCAGCAGAACGGCAUGCAGACCCUCUUCCUGGUCCUGGAUAACGACUGCUACCGUCCGCUGGGUUUAGAGUCCGGCAUGGUAAAGGACGACCAGAUCUCAGCCAUCAACACCAGAGGCAACUGGGAGCCCCAGCUGGCCAGGCUGAACAACCAGGGCAGAUACAACGCGUGGAGCACAGAGAUGAACCACAGCUGGAUCCAGGUGGACUUCCAGCGGCCUGUGGUCAUCAGCCAGGUGGCCACGCAGGGAGCCAAGCAGCUGCUCCAGCACCAGCAUCUGCGCCGGUUCUCAGUGUCCUACAGCACCGACCGGCGCAUGUGGAUCUUCUACAAGGGCGACAGCAGAGGCCCGAGGAAGGAGUUCUCUGGGAACCUGGGAAGCUACGACAUCAAGAUGAACACCUUCUUCCCUCCCAUCAUUGGACGCUACAUCCGGCUCCACCCCAUCGACUGGAGCAACAAGGCCACAGUGCGGAUGGAGUUCUACGGCUGCGAGCUGGACGGCUGCUCACUGCCUCUGGGCAUGGAGAGUGGACUGAUAGAAGACCAGCACAUCAGCGCCAGCUCCACGGCCUCCAGCUGGUACGGCAGCUCCUGGAAGCCCUCCUUGGCCCGCCUCAACAGACAGGGAGCCAUCAACGCGUGGCAGGCUAAGCAUAAUGACAUGUUCCAGUGGCUUCAGGUGGAGCUGCCCAAGGUCAUGAAGAUCACUGGGAUCAUCACACAGGGAGCCAAGGCUCUGGGGAGGGAGAUGUACGUCACAUCCUACAGCCUGCAGUACAGCAACGACGGGCUCCACUGGAGCCACUACACAGACGACGAGAACGUCCCGUUCAAGACUUUUCUCGGAAACAGAAAUAACAGCGACCACGUGAAGAACUACAUUUACCCUCCCAUCUUCUCCCGCUUCCUCCGAAUCGUCCCCAGGACCUGGAUGGUCUCCCUCACGCUGAGGGUGGAGCUCCUGGGCUGCGACUUUGAGUGACAGGACGUUCACCUUCACCUUCCUCUGGAGGAAGGAAGCAGAGGGAGCACAGGAUCCGUGGACAGACAGACGCUGGAGUCAUAAAUAUUCAAAUAAUGUAGUUUGCAUCGACUCAACAUUUAUUUUUGUCUGUCAUGUGUGUUCAUUUCAAAUGAAAAGGAAUGAGUGUAAAUUCGUAAUUUAUUUUUUAAUAAACAUGAAUGUUGUGGCUGG